AUGUCUGCCAACCCAGGAAACAUCAUCGGAGGCCACAAGGCCAACCUAAGCAACCCCAACACCUCCGAUGAGGCCAAGCAGCACUCCAAGGAGGUCCUCCAGGAGAUUGAGAACGGCGGUGACCCUCAGUCCAUGACCUCCAACAGCGGAGACAAGAACCCCAACAACGUUGCCGGUGGUCUCAAGGCUACUCUCAACAACCCCAAUGUCUCUGAAGAAGCCAAGGAGAGCGCCAAGGAGAGGCUUGGAGACAUGUAA